AUGACAGGUGUGCUGAAGAAGACCACUGGCCUUGUGGGAUUGGCUGUAUGCGAGAGUCCACAAGAGAGGCUAAGAAUAUUGUACACAAAGAUUUUUUAUGUUGUUGAACAAAUCCGUAAAAAUGCAGCAUAUAGAAAGUAUACAGAACAGAUUACAAAUGAGAAGCUGGCUAUGGUUAAAGCGGAACCAGAUGUUAAAAAAUUAGAAGACCAGCUGGACCAACUUCAAGGUGGUCAAAUAGAAGAGGUGAUUCUGCAGGCUAAAAAUGAGCUAAGUCUGGCAAGAGAAAUGAUGCAGUGGAAACCAUGGGAGACUCCUGCCAAUCAGUGGAAAUGGCCAAUGUAAUUAUUAAAUUACUUUGGUAGGUUGAUGGGAAACUGAUGUAAUUAAA